AUGGUUAAUCACUUGGUUAUCCUACCAUGUCAUUCUAUCUGGGCACCCCUUUCUAAGGAGUCUGUUGGUUUAGAACGAGAAGAAUGGCAAUUGGUCAAUUUCCAGAUUGAAGGCUAUGAUCAUUUAUGCUUCAAGGAACAUAUUAAAAAAAGUAUUGAACUAAUUAAGGAAGAUGAAGAAGCACAAUUAAUAAUUUCAGGAGGUCAAACGAAGAAGCAGUCGGGUCCCAUAUCCGAAUCACAAUCAUAUUAUCAAUUAGCAUAUAGACUUUAUCAUCAAAGUAUAGAUGAAAAAAUAUGGGAUAGAAUAAGCACUGAGGAAUUUGCCAGAGAUUCAUUUGAAAAUGUCAUUUAUUCAUUAUGUCGAUUUUAUGAAUUGUAUGGAAAGUAUCCUGCUAAAAUCAGUAUAGUUGGAUUUGCAUUUAAAGAAAAUCGGUUUAUCAAGCACCAUUUAGGUCAAGCUUUAAGAUGGCAGAAUAUCGAACAAACAGUGAAGUAUGUUGGUAAUGCCCCCGAUCCGCGAGAUACCACGGACAAAACGGGGUAUUUCAGAGAUUUGGAUGAGAGCGAAGAUAAAUUUGCUGUUAAGUUAUUUGAGAAUGAUUGGUAUUGUUGUAGAAGUAAAUUAUUGGAUAAGAAGAUGCAAAGAAAUCCAUUUAAGAGGUAUCAUGGAUAUGGGAAUAGUAAUUUACCAUUAGAAAAGUUUUUGAAAGCUAUUGAUGAUUUCACCGAUUCAAAAUCAAACGAGGAGAUAAGUUUAUUAUUAGAAGGAUUACCGUGGACUACGAAAAAGAAUUAA